AACAACAACAGCUACUACAACAACAGCUACAACAAAACAGCGACAACAACAGAAAGAACUCACAACCUAAACAGAACAAUCCAACAUCAAAGCCAUCAACAAGCAACAUGGAAGGAACCAACACACCAGCUCUCCCGGAAACACCAGCCCAAACACAACAACAAACCCAAAUAAACACCGAGGCUCCUAUCAGAGGCCGAAGACCCAUCCGCUCCACAGUCACAAGAACCCAUUGCCGCACGCAAUCUCCAUCUCCAAACCGCAACUUACCGUCUCCCGCUUCAUCCUACGCCUCUGCAAGAUCUUCAUCCAUCACAUCCAACAAAAUGACUGUUUCUGAACUCCGCCAGUCACUCACAAACGCCGGAAUUUCCAUCCCCACCCGCUGCAAUAAAUCCGAACUUCUGAAACUGUACGAAGCCAUCCCGUCACCAACUCCGCCUCCCCAAGACAGUAGACCAACUCGCUCCCGCCACACCCCCUAUCCACAACCCUCCGCUACUCAGCACUCAAGAAACCCCCCUGGACCACCCAAGAAAGCAACCAAGAAAACUAAUAAAAAGCAACCUCAAGCUACAGGACAGACAGCACCUUCUACCAACCAACACACAGUGAAUCCACCGGACAAUCAUGCCACUCCAGGACUUCCCAUCCCCCUCCUUUGGCCUCCAGCCCCACAAUCCAGCGAAAACUCCAGUCCGACUCUUCAAGCAAUUCCCCCGACUCUCAACCCUCCUCAGUUCUCUCUUUCUUCUAAUCUCCCUCAUUCCUCAACUCAACUUAUUCCCAAUCUUUCUUCUAAUCUCCCUCAUUCUUCAACCCAACUUAUUCCCACUCAAUCCUUUCCUACAAGCUCCAACGCUCUCCCUCUGCCUGCUAAUUUUUCAUCUACUAAUCCCCCCUUUUUUCCCUCUACACCCCUUCAAGCACCCACUUCCAUUACUAACCCUCCCCAACAAAAUGCUUUCUGUACUAACACAUCUUCCGCACGAGCCCCCUUCACCCUAGCCACAGCCACACCCCUUCCCAUUCCGCAUAACGCUCCAGUCCUGGAACCACCUCAGAUCUCCAACACAGUCAGGAACCUCAUCCUAUCAGAAAUUCAGAGAAUUAGCGCCGGAGGCGGAGCAGCACCCGACGCCCAUCCCUCCUUAUUCAGAGAUGAUAUUCCAAUAAAUCAUCCCAUGCACGAUCUGCACCAAGCAUCCAUAUCUCUCAUUAUGCAAGCGGUGGCUCCAAGAACCUUACAAGCUUAUCUCACUGCAUGGAAAACAUUCAAACAUUUCCAUUCACUAUACAACACUACAUUCCCCAAUUUCUCCCUACUUACAAUCACAUCAUUUAUCACUUACCUUCAUUCUCACAAACAUAUCCAGGCAAACUCGAUUAAGAGCUAUUUAAGUGGCAUUCAGUUUUUUCACAAACUCAUGUACGGCUCCAGUUCUGAAUCUAUCACUAACUCACAAACUAGCCUUCUUAUUAAAGGCAUUCAGAAGACCCGCCCCCCCCUCCCAGACACAAGGCUACCCAUCACACACAACAUACUAGCUAAAUGCAUUUCCACACUGAGGAAAGGCUAUUUUUCAUUUCAUACAGAUCAUACCCUAGAUGCAAUGUUUAUUCUUGCCUUUUUUGGAUUUCUAAGAUGUUCUGAAUUUACAGUUACAUCUAAAUUCGAUCCCUCUAUCCACCCUACUAUAGCAGAUCUGACCUUGAUUGAUGAGGAAACAAUUGCUUUCCUCAUUAAGCAAAGUAAAACAGAUCAAUCCAGAAAGGGACAUUACAUCUACAUAUUCAACAUUCCCUCCCCCACAAGCCCAUUCCAAACUCUUCUAGCUUACACACACUACAGGAAAACACUAAGUGCAAGUCCCCUAGACCCCCUUUUCAUAGACGACACACACCACCCAGUGACACGCUUUUGGUUCCAAAAACACCUUAAAUAUGUCCUAACCAACUCAGGCUUCCCAUCAGAAUCAUACUCCAGUCACUCAUUCAGAAUUGGAGCCGCCACUACAGCAGCACACAAAGGGUUAUCACAACAACACAUACAAACACUAGGAAGGUGGUCUUCUGACGCCUUCAAAACCUACAUCCGACUCAGCCACAGUCAUCUCAGGGAAGCCCAGAGGACUCUCACCAGCCGUUGCAGUUAUCCCAGCGGCCAAAGGCACGAGCCUAGUACAAGGAAAGAACACAACCCAGCUAUACCAGCUUCCCGAGGGCAGAGGAACUACCAAGUCUCUCAAGGGCGCGGGCAUGACCCAGCCAUCUAAUUUCUUUUCUUCCUUCCAGCUGAUUUGCACUCAGCCUUCUCCCCCUUUUCACUCACCCAACUACAGUAAGAGUUCUUUCCCUGCCCAGGCCCCCCCGUCACCCCCGCCCCCCCUGGCCGCUGCCACAGAAGUUUUCACUGCCCAUCAACUUUUCUAACUUCUGUAGGACCCCGCCCCCCCCCAUGGCUCUGGCCCCCGCAGGGGCGUUACCCCGAGCUUCGAUUCCCGCAGGAAUCAUCUCACGGCCCGGCCUUAGCUUUUUAUAUUAUAUGUCAUUUCAAUGACAUAUAGUAUAGCACUAUUUAUUUUCUCUUUGUUUGAUUUUAUUUGUAUAAAUUCACAUCUAUAUGCACCCACGCAUAUAAAUAUGAAUUUAUAUAUAGUGCUGUCACCCUCACGCUCUGUUCCCGCAGGAACACCCCCAGAGCACCUAUACCGCCCGUCACCCUCCAGAAAGAGUCUUCACCUUCCCCUCAUCUUUCCAGACUCCUACUGGAGCCAGCCAAAUAGCUCACCCAGCCCUGAGCUGUGACACUAGCCAUGUCACCGACCCUCCCCGGCCCUAGCUUUUAUUCAUUUAUUUCUGUUUAUUUCUCACAUUUAUCUUUUAUUUUUUAAAUUUAUUUA